GCCCCUUCCCCCGCCCCCUCCUCCUCAGGUGAGGCAGCCAGGCCUAGCAGGCCCCUCGCGCUGCCGCUGCCUCUGCCUCCGGGCCCGCUGCGCCGCUGCGGGGCCACCAUGCUCCUGCCCAGGCCUGGAGACUGACCCUAAACCGGCACCAUCUCUCAGCUCCGCCCCCACCUGCCGGACCCCAGGGUCCCGCCCCGGCCCCAGAGGUCAGCCGGGGAAUCAUUAACUAGAGGCCGUGACAUGGCGGAGAAGGAGGGUGGCCGGACUGUGCCAUGCUGCUCCGGACCCAAGGUGGCAGCUUUCACUGUGGGGACCGUCCUACUCCUGACAGGCAUCGGGGCAGCGUCCUGGGCCAUUGUGACCGUUCUACUCAGGAGUGAUCAGGAGCCGCUGUAUCCAGUGCAGGUCGGCCCGGCGGAUGCUCGGCUCACGGUGUUCGACCAGACGGAGGGCACGUGGCGCCUGCUUUGCUCCUCGCGCUCCAACGCCAGGGUGGCGGGGCUCAGCUGCGAGGAGAUGGGCUUCCUCAGGGCGUUGGACUACUUGGAGCUGGACGUGCGGACGGCGGGCGCCAAUGGCACGUCGGGCUUCUUCUGCGUGGACGAGGGGAGGCUGCCGCAUGCCCGGAGGUUGCUCGAGGUCCUCUCCGUGUGCGACUGUCCCAGAGGCCGUUUCCUGGCUACCAGCUGCCAAGACUGUGGCCACCGAAAACUGCCCGUCGAUCGCAUUGUGGGCGGCCAGGACACCAGCCUGGGCAGGUGGCCGUGGCAAGUCAGUCUUCGCUACGAUGGCGCGCAUCUCUGUGGGGGGUCCGUGCUCUCCAGGGACUGGGUGCUGACAGCCGCCCACUGCUUCCCUGAGCGGAACCGGGUCCUGUCACGAUGGCGAGUGUUUGCUGGUGCUGUGGCCCAGACUUCACCCCACGGUGUGCAACUGGGGGUGCAGGCCGUCAUCUACCAUGGGGGCUAUCUUCCCUUUCGAGACCCCAACAGCGAGGAGAAUAGCAAUGACAUCGCCCUGGUCCACCUCUCCGGCACCCUGCCCCUCACAGAGUACAUCCAGCCCGUGUGUCUCCCGGCUGCUGGGCAGGCCCUGGUGGAUGGCAAGAUCUGCACCGUGACUGGCUGGGGCAACACACAGUACUACGGCCAACAGGCUGGGGUGCUCCAGGAGGCCCGAGUCCCCAUAAUCAGCAAUGAUGUCUGCAACGGCCCCGACUACUACGGGAACCAGAUCAAGCCCAAGAUGUUCUGUGCCGGCUACCCUGAGGGUGGCAUUGAUGCCUGCCAGGGUGACAGUGGUGGCCCCUUCGUGUGUGAGGAUAGCAUCUCUCGGACGCCACGUUGGCGGCUGUGUGGCAUCGUGAGCUGGGGCACCGGCUGUGCCCUGGCCCAGAAGCCAGGCGUCUACACCAAAGUCAGUGACUUCCGGGAGUGGAUCUUCCAGGCCAUAAAGACUCACUCCGAAGCCAGCGGCAUGGUAACCCAGCUCUGACCUGUGGCUUCUCCUCGCUGUGCACGCCUCCGGGGCCCGAGCUGAUCUAAGGGGCCCCAGCCCCACGUGAUGGGGUUCACCCUGGGCCAGGGAUGGAACAUUUUUCUUCUUGGGCCCAGCCCACAGGUCCAAGGAUACUCUUCCCUCCAAGGUCCUCCACAGUGGCGGGCCCACUCAGCCCUGGGACCACCCUCCUGCCCCCCAUGUAAAUAUUCUUCUGCCAUCUGGGACCCCCCCAUCUUGUGCUCCUGAUGACAGGAUGCUCUUUAAAUAAUAAAGAUGGUUUUGAUUAA